AUGAGAUCAUUUCCGAGUGGAUGCUGGACUUGCAAGCUCAGACAUCGUAAAUGCGACCUCCAAAUCCCUACGUGUAGAGAAUGCACGGACCGAGGCAUCCCUUGCCACGGCUAUGGCUCCAAGCCGGCGUGGAUGGAUGGAUCAGCUGCUGAGCAUGAAGAGCUUAGACGAAUCAAAAAUGCCGUCAAACAGAAGCUCAAGAAGCUCCGAAGGGUUCAGCGGAAUCAGAACGUUGGAAGAGAUGUGACGGCCAGAUCUCUGCCAGAGGGACGUGCCCAGAUCCAGACGCCGCCAGCUCCAGACGCUACUGAACUUCAAACUCCGUCGCUUUCAGUGCAAGCUUCAGAUCAUGGUUAUAACAAUUUUGAGUCCCCAGCAACGCUUGUAGAAGCUGGGAGUUGCCUCCCACUCACCCGAAGGUUGAUUGGAGAGGAAGAAGCUGCACAGCCAGUCUCUCCAUCACAAGAUCGCACUCCCCCUUGCGUCUUGCCACCCAGGUUGGCAUCUCUAAUCAUGUACUAUCUCGAUCAUGUGUUUGUUUGGCAGUUCCCUUACUUCCAGCCCCGGUCCUAUUUGGGCAACAGAGGCUGGCUUCUCAUAUCUCUCAGCAACGGCGGCUCGCUGUCGCACGCUGCGCUUGCACUCUCCACCUUACAUCGAGAUGCAUCCCAGAAGAUCUGCUCUUAUAGCCAGGAAGCUUUUGAGUUUCACUCAAAGGCCUUGAGAGAGUUGCGUAAGCUCUCGCAGCACACUGAGACCGAGACACUUCUCGGCGAUCAGCCCAAACUUGCCGAAUUUGUAGCGGCGAGUUUGACACUGAUAAGUUUCGAGGUGUUCAAUGGAGCUGAAUACGACUGGGUUCCGCACCUCGACGCUGUGACGGCUGUCCUUGCCAUGCAUUCUCCGGAAGCUCUGCUCCGGACUUCAUCGUCACCCGAAAACACUUUGCCUUGUUCAUUCAGUAUUUCCCGUGAUGAUGAUCUCCAUCAAUCGCAAGCUGAUUUCAAUUUCCUUAUGGCUCAAGCAUUGUGGCAUGACAUUUUGGCGUGCGCCACGACAGGCCGAGUCCCGCGAAUACCUUAUCGGCAAUGGCUGGAAGGGUCAGGUCUUGAAAUGGCUGAUUUGAUGGGUUGUUACAACUGGGUCAUGAUUGCUAUUGGAGAUCUAGCACAUCUCCAAGCCUGGAAAAUUGACAUGAAGCAACAAGGGAAGUUGAGCGUGCCCGAGCUAGUGAGAAAGGGUCAAAGGAUAGACAAGAGACUACAAGACGGCAUCACUGAACUAAAGGAAGCUGCUAAAGGAGGAGGCGGUAUCCUACCGGCCCCAUGGGUCUCGCAAAUUUUCGCACUUGCAUCACUAGUCUUGUCAAGUACAAUAGUCUCCGGUCCCUGGGCAUCUCUUCCCGAAGUCAAAGACGCGAUUUUAGAGUCAGUAAUUGUGCUAAGGGACUGGCCCCAAGCCAUUCCUCUUCGGGGCCUUGUCUGGCCACUUUAUAUCAUUGGGUGCAUGGCCGAGGCCAGUCUGCAGGGCGUCUUUGAGUCACUUCUAUCUAGUGUCUUGGAAGAGAGCGAAGGAUUUGGAAAUAGUGGUACUGUCAUUAAGCUCCUAAAGAACUGCUGGGCUUCACUGCCAAAUUGUAACAAUGAUGGGCUAGAAUUGGUGUUCCAGACAGAAGGCAAUGUAUUGCUUAUAUAG